GGCGCAUCUUGCAGGAUACAUGCUCUUGCACUACUUGUCCGACCUCCUCAAUUUCUGUUGUUUAGGUUGAAGAGUCUCGCUGAAAUUAAGAGAGAAAGUGGAAAGUAUUCUCCUGUCCUUGAUUGCCUUGGAACAUAGCUACGGUCUUCUUCUCUUCUUCUUCAUCUCUCCCUUCUAUUAUCUCAUACAUACCGUCUUAAUGUCUGUAAUGUAUUUGGAGUGAACAUACUGAUCUAAUCGAUAUAAAUUGAUGUUCUAGACAUAUAUCCGUCACGGACCUUCGAUUCCAUCCCAGGCACGCACCGGUUUGAUACUGUCGCAUUCUUCAAACCCACGCACGCAUUCCAGAGAUCGCGAGUGUGUUGCUGUCAACUCUAUCUCGAGAAUUCCAGAGAACCACGUGGGAAACAAAGGAGCGAUCUGACGCAUAUCAUUUACUGGUAUACCGAAUCGACGAGCAACGAGCUCCUUCUGUGCUGAGAGGCACGUUUCGUUUAAAGGAUAGAGACUCCUUCUCGGGAGGUCCGAGAAGUGAGGUCAUUUAAGGGGACGGAAGAAUCGGAUAUUGAAAGUAUCAUAUUUAUUCAUUCAAAAUGCCGGCCUUACCGGGGGGUUUCGCGAGAAUAUACCAGAUGGUAGGGUACCAUCAUGUGCUCAUGAUUCUCAUUGCACUUGCCAUCAUAUUACUCUCUCUCCUAUUAGCUGGAUGUUCCUCUUCAUCGCCACAAAUACCUACCAUAUUUCUUAUAUCAAUAUACUAUGAGAAAUAUACGCCGACCUUUGAUCCAGCACAAGUGGAUCCAGGUGUAUCAACAGCUAUUGCGAAUAUCAUUGGAGGUGCUACCAUGGAGGUCCGAGUGGGAUUCUUCGGUAUUUGCAUUUCGCCUGAUAACGGUGCAUUCAUCUGCAAUGCCAACGCCACAGCAUUAGCGGAGGUCGUUACUGUUGAUCAAGAUCCGUUGAAUGUGAUUUGGUUAGCGGAGAGAUUCAAGGAUACUGUUGUCUUUCCAUAUUUAAUAAUCGUCGCACUUGUCCUUGCUUUUUUCUGCUUCAUCCUCCUAGCCACAUUCCCUGGCUGGCACGAAGAAAUCGACGCAAGCGGCUCCGAGCGCGAAGUCAGACCAUUCCCAUCCAGACCAGUAUCCCAAGUCGCCCUGACAUUAAUCGGAAUCGCCUCCGUAUUCGUGCUGGUAUCUGUAUUAUGGCAGCAUACAGCGUCCGUUGCGGCUAGUUCGAUGGUCCAAAACCUGGCCAACGGCAGUCUCAAGAGUGGCGUUGGUUCAUCGGCUAUGGUACUGGGUUGGUUUGGGUUUGGGCUUUUGGUCGUGGUUACUAUUGGAUUGCUGGUUAUGAUUCUGAGUAUCAGUAUACUGCGUCGGUUGACUGAUGACGAGUAAUUGAUAUGAAUGGGAAACGGGAAAACGAAAAACACGAAAAAAAGUAUGAACUAGAUUUGAUUUUUUAUGACCUUUUACCUGUGGAUAUUGGAUGCAAUGGAUUUCCUUUUUGUCUUCAUGAUGCACAUUCUUUUUCCUCUCUUGACAAAAUUGUCUCAUUUGGAGUGGGAGUUUACCUUAUGUAUUUAUGCCCCCCCUUUUUUUACGUGUACGCCUACUUCGAUGAUCAUUAUGUAUUAUGUUUACAAACUGGAUAUGGGGUUGUUGCUUUCGAUCACGGCAUCUAAUCAAUCGGAUUUGCGAGUUUCUC